CUAUUUUAAUCUGGCAUUUUCACUUAGCGCUGUCAGUAGAAGGCCUGAAUUAUCUCUCAAAGUUCGGGAAAUUCAUAUUUUUAGUGCACUAUGCGGUUUGGCGUAGGUUUUUUCAACUGGUUCCUCCCUCCAAAAGUUUGUUCCUUGAGUCGUACAGUUCUAAUUUCAAGUCAGCCCCAUUCUCCAAGCACCAACAUGACUGAAGAAAGCACCAAAAUGUCCACUGAAAACCUCGCAAUGUGCACUGAAAGUGCCAACAGGUCUAAUGAAGGAAAAGAUCGCCUUGUUCUGAAGUACAUUAAAGCAGAACCGGGUGCCUUCGCCCCCACUAGAGCGACUCCAAGAUCAGCAGGGUAUGAUCUGAAAAGCGCCGUAGACACUUUCGUUAUGGCCGAGGGCAAAUCCAUUGUUACAACGGGGCUCAAAAUCGAACUGCCCGACGGAUGUUAUGGGCGCAUCGCCCCCAGAUCUGGCCUGGCUAUGAAUAAUUUUAUUAACGUUGCAGCCGGAGUGAUAGAUCAAGACUACAGGGGAAUCGUCAAAGUUAUACUCUUCAAUCAUUCCCAUUUAGACUUUCACAUCAAGAAAGGAGACCGUAUUGCUCAGCUGAUUUGCGAACGGAUCUAUUAUCCCGAUAUCGAAGAAGUUCAGGAUCUGCCUGAAACCGCCCGGGGCGAAGGCGGGUUUGGAUCUUCUGGAACAAACUAACUCCGAUAUUUUCCUAAUGCACCAUCUGUAAAUUGUCUACCUCAGCAAUGUGUAUUUAUCUGUGCCCGUAUCAAUCCAUCUUUAGAUAUUUAGUGUGUAACUCGCUGUUAGGUGUUUUUUAUUUAAUUUUAGGUCGUUUAAGCCACAAUUCUUCACACACGUGUUUAGGAACCUCUGUAUGUCCCUGUUUGAAUUUAUUGCGCAUUUAAACGGAAAUAUUUCCUAAUAAAGAUAUUUUUUGAUGCAA